ACGCUGGUCAAAAGUUUAGUGCUAGUUUGUUGACACGUAGUUUGUUUUCGUGGUUCCGGGAAGAGUUUAGAUAUUUAUCACCAAAUUCUUAACCGACUAAGUCGGUACAUCCAACGAAAUGACCCCCAAGUUGAAAAUUUCAGAAUUCGUACUGCAGCGCAUUGCUAAGGUAAGUUCUCAGUGCAGUGGGGAGCUAUUUGGAAUUAUGUGCCGUGGAACACUAACCGUGCUGGGAUUUAUUUUGGAAGGAAAAGAAAAAUCAAGAAUACUGAACUACAGCAAAGUGCAAAACAACUUUCCGACGGAGAUCGAUCUGUGCGGUUUGAUCAAAUUUGGUCCAUGUACCGAUGCUGAGGCUCACUUGAGUGAGAUUUUGCAGGACAUAGACAUCACCGACAAUCCGGUGCUUGUGAAUUGUGAUGCCGACGGGGAGAUCAAAGCUUCGUUGUUCAAACAUGGUCAGCUUGAGACCAUCAGCUAUGAAGUUGUUAGCGAGGUGGAGUUGCUGCGAGACUACAUGUUCUUAAGACUGCAGUGUAGCUUGGAACUGUUUUGUGAACAAAAUGAAAAAUCAGUUUCGCUUAGUUUAUUUACGCUCAGAAAACGGCUUGCGUCCGGAAAUGUAGCAUUCAGGGUCGCUGGAACAAAUGUGUUACUAAACGGGGGAACCAGUGGAAGUCAGGUGGUAGGAUUGGACACGGAAGACACAAUGGAAUCUUUGGUUGGGUUGGUAUUAAAGACUGGAGAAGACACGAUUUCUACGAGAGGUGGUAAGAAAAAAUCUGCCAUGAAUGCAACUCCAACUGAGUACCAAAUUCUGAACAUAAAUAUGCUGGUUAAAACUUCAAAGGAUGCUCAAGACGAAAAACUGACCACAGAAGCCUGCAAUGUCACGAUUGAUAGCAAAAAUGGUUGUAAUAAAAUUAAAGUGCCACUUCAAGUCGACUUUCUUAGUAUGCUACAUCGGGAUACUAAAGUUAUUCUGUGUUAUGACAUUCUGGUUGAAAGUGUGUGUCGAUCGUUGCGCCUGCUGCAGAGUAGCUUCCUGGACCAGUUGACAUUCUACAAAAAGAUUCAUGUGUCCAAAUGCUAUCAUAUGCUUCCGGAUGGUUUGGGACAUUUCCUUACCUGCGUUUAUCCUGUUCAGGACUUAACUGAAGAACAUGAUGAAUUCUUUCUUGAAAAGCGAAAGUCUCUUCAUGAACAGUUCGGCUUAAGAACUAACAGACCCUUUUUCCGGAAGGCCAACAGUUUCAGAUUUCGUUCAGAUGAAAGUAAACUGCUGUUCAAUACACAUAUUGGAGUUAAAAGACAAACAAGCACUGGACGGCUAUCAGUGGUUCAGGGCCGGUACAGCUAUCAUCACUACAUGCAAGAUGGUUUCAACGACGAUGGAUGGGGUUGCGCGUAUCGUUCUUUGCAGACAUUAAUUUCGUGGUUUAUUUAUCAAGGUUACGCAGAUGUUCAGAUUCCGACGCAUAACGACAUUCAAAAAUGCUUGGUUAGAGUAGGUGAUAAGCCAGCCAGUUUUGUCGGAUCCCGUCAAUGGAUUGGUUCCACUGAAGUGUCUAUGUGUUUGAAUGAAUUUGUCAAAGUGGAUUCGAAAAUAAUGCAUGUCAGUUCCGGGGAGGAUAUGGCCGUCAAGGGCUCGGAACUAGCAUACCAUUUCGAAACGCAAGGUACCCCAAUUAUGAUUGGAGGAGGUGUUUUGGCACAUACCAUUCUAGGCGUGGAUUUUGAUCGGAAUGAAGGUACUUUGAAAUUUUUAAUACUAGACCCUCACUACACGGGAGCUGAUGAAAUUGGAACGGUGUUAGCGAAAGGAUGGUGUGGUUGGAAGGGUGUCGAUUUCUGGGACAAGAAAGCUUACUACAAUUUGUGUAUGCCACAGAGACCCCAUAUGUUUUAAGAGUAGCUACUCAGGGUUAUUAUUCUUAUAAUAAAAAGCAUUCCUAAACAUAAAUAAGAUGGUU